UGAGUUUUCUCUGAAUCAGAACAUUUCUGUUCUCUGUGAAGAUAAGUCUUCAUUCUCACUGCUACAUCCUUCGUGUUUUAUUUUAAUUAAGAGUCGUUGCUGUCUAGACAAGAGCGCGAGGGGAAGUCGAGAGCCUCCGACACAGCCGACGGGAAAACAGAAAGGGACAGUUGUGCCACUCUACGUCGAGUAAAGUGAAGACGGGAGAAGCCAACGUUGGCCUGCUGAAAUGAGUCUCGUCAUACAACGAUGUGUGGCAUCAGUAUCCAGGUAUGCCAAGUCACUGUCACAGCCCAAUGUGGGAUUAUACAACCAUCUCCGUGGGGUUACUAUCUCCCAUGGCAACCUGCAUUCUCUAACAUCCAAGGUACGUGCAUACGUCGAGGAAAAUAUAUCACUGUGUGAGCCAGACAGUAUUCACAUCUGCGAUGGGUCUGAGGCUGAGAACUCAAUCCUGCUCAGGCUUAUGUUACGACAAGGAACGAUACGACCAUUACCCAAAUAUGACAACUGCUGGCUAGCGCAAACAAAUCCAGCUGAUGUGGCCCGGGUCGAAAGUCGGACAUUCAUCUGCACUAAGGAUUCCCGCGACACCAUCCCAACACCAAAGCAAGGUGUUAAGGGCACCCUUGGUAACUGGAUGUCACCUGACGACAUGGACAAAGCAAUGAGACUCAGGUUUCCAGGCUGCAUGAAAGGUCGCACAAUGUAUGUUGUUCCAUUCAGUAUGGGUCCUGUUGGCUCACCACUGUCUAAGAUUGGAAUUGAGAUCACUGAUUCACCAUAUGUAGUGAGUUCAAUGCGAAUCAUGACGCGUAUGGGUGCACCUGUCCUACAAGCCUUAGCACAGGGGGCAGAGUUUGUGAAAUGUCUGCAUUCUGUUGGAAGCCCUCAGAACGUGGAUGUUGUAAACAAUGGCUGGCCUUGUGACCCUGAAAGAACAAUCAUCCUUCACAGGCCAGAAAACAGCGAAAUUGUUUCGUAUGGAAGCGGAUAUGGUGGUAACUCCCUGCUUGGAAAGAAAUGUUUUGCUUUACGAAUUGGUUCCACAAUAGCAAAGAGAGAAGGUUGGCUGGCAGAACACAUGCUGAUCCUGGGUAUCACAAACCCCAAAGGACAGAAAAGAUAUAUUGCAGCUGCAUUUCCCAGUGCCUGUGGCAAGACAAAUCUUGCUAUGAUGUGCCCAUCGCUACCUGGCUACAAAGUUGAGUGUGUGGGAGAUGACAUCGCAUGGAUGAAGUUCAAUAGCAAUGGGCAACUCAGGGCUAUUAAUCCUGAAAAUGGUUUCUUCGGAGUGGCACCAGGUACGUCAAGUAAAACAAAUCCCAAUGCAAUGAAGACAAUAUUCUCCAACACGCUGUUUACAAAUGUGGCAGCAACAAGUGACGGGGGUGUGUUCUGGGAAGGAAUGGAGGAUGAAUUGGCUCCAGGAGUGACUGUAACGGACUGGCAAGGCAGGCUGUGGGAUGGAAAGACGCCAGCUGCCCAUCCCAACUCAAGGUUCUGUUCACCUGCAUCGCAAUGCCCCAUUAUCGACCCUUCAUGGGAAGAUCCACAUGGUGUGCCUAUUGAUGCAAUCCUGUUUGGAGGGCGCCGGCCUGUAGGAGUACCACUGGUUUAUGAAGCAUACAAUUGGCAGCAUGGGGUGUUUAUUGGGGCCAGUAUGAGAUCUGAAUCAACUGCAGCAGCUGAACACAAGGGCAAGGUUAUAAUGCAUGACCCAUUUGCAAUGAGGCCAUUCUUUGGAUAUAACUUUGGCCACUACCUGACGCACUGGUUGAACAUGGCUAACACGCCUGGCCGCAAACUUCCGAAGGUGUUCCACGUCAACUGGUUCCGUAAAGACAAGCAGGGUAAGUUCCUUUGGCCUGGUUUUGGGGAGAAUUCCCGCGUCCUUGACUGGAUCUUCCGACGAAUAGAUAAUGAAGAUAUUGCACAGCCUACUCCUAUUGGUUACAUUCCCAAACAAGACUGCCUGAAUCUAGAUGGACUCAGUGACACCAUCAACACGACAGAACUCUUCAGCCUGCCAAAAGACUUCUGGCUCCAAGAGGUGACAGACAUUGAGCGAUACUUCUCAGAACAAGUGGGGACAGAUCUACCUGUGGCAAUCGCAGAGGAGCUCUCUGCCUUGCGGCAGCGUUUGCUCAACAUAUGAGAUGAUCAUGUUGUUAAACUGUCACAUACAUACAUGUUUUGUACUGUUAACAUCCUUUGCAAAUUCUGUGCAACAUUAACUACUACUAUUAAUCAUGUAUGAUCUAUAAAUGUUCUGAAAGACUUACCAUAAAUAAUGAAGCCUGUCAAAAUCAGUAGUCAUGGAGACAACAUCCCCCACAUACACCUGAAAAAUAAGGACAUAAAUAUUAAAUUAAUAUCAGGAUUGGCACCAGUCAUCGAAUUAAUUCUUAAUAAUAUUCUACUUCUGAUUAAAAUCUUCGAAAUUAUGGUACAAUUGCCUUUAGAAACUUUAAACUUAUUUAUUUUAUUUAGCCCAAAGUCAAGUAUUCUUUUCUUUUCCCACUCUCAAAGGGUUGGAUUUCUUUAUUUAUCUUAUUAAAUUUGUGUCAGAGAGUUUAAACAAUAUUUCCAUAUGUGUGUGAGUGAUUUUUUGUUGUAUGUACUAUUUUAAUAUCACAGGACCCAAAACAUGUCACAAAAAGAAAAUAUCAGAACAAACAACAUGUACACAAUAUUUUUGUAUAUAGAGUUUAGUCUUUAACAGGUGUGUUUAAUAAAAUAAAUCUGUAAUAAUCAUA